UGGAAUAUCGCCAGAACGAUACGUUUCCGUGCUGACACACCCUUGGCUGAUUGAUCGGAUCGCGGUCGAGCCUCUGGGAACUGGCUCUCACAGAUACACGUCCGCCCCUCGGCAGAGCACUGCCGUCGCUCCGGCCAGGCUGAGCGGGACACGGCAGGCCUGCUAAACUAGCGCGCGGAAGGACGGAGGGAGAAGAGCCCGAUCCAUGAGAAGAACGAGUGGAAAAGAGGGAUAGGGAGGCGCCAGAGUGAGGCAGAGGGAGUGGAGGAGGACCGGGUGGGGGGGUGGAGGGGGGGCUGAAGUCGAUGAAACCGGGAGGAGCCGUCGCUGAAAGCUAAACUUGUCCAUUUCUGAUAUUUUUAUACUUUAUAUUGGAGUCCGAACCCUGGUUGGCUGCUGUGAGCCUAUGGACUCUGCGGAUAACCUGAAUUAUAAUCACUGCUGGUAUGUGCCAGGCCUCUGUUGGGGGGUGCUGUGGGAGUACUGGGCAAUUUUGGGUGUACGUUCAUUUCUGGACGUACGUUUUCAUACAGAUAACUUGAUUAUUGGAAAAAGAACCGCAGCAGGAAGUUGAGAGACCAACUGUCGCCAAACUUGGGAAAGUUUCGAUACAGGCAGGCUCUGUCGCAAGAGGACCCUUCCAAUCACAGCUGUCCCGCCUCUGACUGAAGCACACGCAUGAUCGCCCCUGCGCCUGUGCCGAAACGCUCCCCGAGUCCGUGAGGCUCGGCCCGGCCCGGCCCGGUUUGAGCCACAUUUGCACAGGCACCGCUGGGGUUGGCCAUGACGGGUUCUGAGAAGAUGAUGACGAUGGAGCCGACCGGGGGCCCGGACGCACCGGCCAGCGUCCCGCUCAUCCCCGUCCCCACUCUCACCGUCCUCCCGCCGUCCUCCGACGCCGAGUCCUGCUCCCGCUCCCCCGACCCGCGCCCCCGCCGCUCCCGGGCCCGCAAGGAGAGGGGGAGGGACAGGAAGGGGCGGGACGAGGAGCCCGGGGAACGAGGGAGGACGCUGGAGCGGGACGAGAGCCGGAGAGGGAGCGGGGGGCAGGGGCGCUCGCCUUCUCCUCUCCUCCUCCUGCCCCCUCCCAGCUCCUGGUCCCGUAGCCCCUCCCCCAUCAGGCGCUCCCGGUGGUCCCUCAAGAGCCUGCUCAGCAGGGAGUCCACAGACUGUGACAGCUGCAGUACUGCCAGCAACUCUCCGCGCAGCACCCCGGGCAGCUCCCCCUCCGUGCGCCGCCGUGUCCUGGGGGGGGGGCGGGCCAGCGAGGGGGAGGGGGGCGGGUCCGACAGCCCCCUGCCGCCCACCACGCCGUCCUCCUCGUCCUCCUCCUACCCCCUCGGCCCGCGGAACUUCGCCCGCAAUGCCAAGAAGAUGCAGAGCUGGUACAACGUGCUCAGCCCCACGUACAAGCAGCGGAACGAGGACUUCCGGAAGCUCUUCAAGAAGCUGCCGGACUCGGAGAGGCUCAUUGUGGACUACUCCUGUGCGCUUCAGAAGGACAUCCUGCUGCAGGGUCGGCUCUACCUGUCCGAAAACUGGCUCUGUUUCUACAGCAACAUCUUCCGCUGGGAGACCACAAUCACCAUUCUGCUGAAGGACGUGACCACGCUCACCAAGGAGAAGACGGCCAAACUCAUCCCCAACGCCAUCCAGAUCAGCACUGACCACGACAAGCACUUCUUCACAUCGUUCGGAGCGAGGGAUCGGAGCUUCAUGAUGAUUUUCAGGCUCUGGCAGAACGCUUUGAUGGACAAGCCCCUCACCCCCAAAGAACUGUGGCACAUUGUGCAUCAGUGCUACGGCACAGAGCUGGGGCUCACCAGCGAGGACGACGACUACGUCUCCCCCACUGCCGAGCACGUCAACGGUCUACUGUCGGCGGAGGAGCCUGUGUCCAUGUCGGAGCUGCUGGAGCUCAGCUCUGUGGGCGUGUCCUGCUCCCCCCCCUCCUCCUCCUCCCCCAUCCUGUGUGCCGGCUCGUCCCCCCCCUCCAGCGCCUCGGUGGACGUGCCCUCGCCCCGCCCCGGCCCCGAACCCGAGCCCAGCCCCCCCAGCUCCCAGAGCUCCCUGCCCUCCACCACCCCCUCCACCCAGACCGGGGGCGUCUCUGCGAACCUGGAGGAGGGCGGCGAGAGCCAGUCAGAGUCAACCAAUCACGCGCCUCCCCUAGCGCCCCACAGCCUGGGAAACCUCUCCUCAUUGGACAUCACCAACGACGAGGAGCUCCCCACCGACCCCAGCAACUCCUCGGACACACAGGAAGAGAGUGAGGUGGAGUCCUUCUGCGGGGACCUGAGUGGGCGGCUGCACAUAAACAUGGUGGUGCGGAUGGGCGUGGACAAGCUGCACGACCUGCUCUUCUCCGCCGACACACACUUCAUACAGCACCUCUUCUCCCAGAGGCAUUUCACUGAUCUGAACGUGCGUGACUGGCAGCAGGACAGUGUUAGUGGAAACACCAGCAGAGUGCUCAGCUACACCAUCGCCAUAAACAACCCCCUGGGCCCCAAAACCGCGCCCGUGGUGGAGACGCAGACCCUAAACAAGAGCAGCGCACGGGGCGAGUGCUACGUGGUGGACUCUGAGGUCAUCACCUCCGGCAUCCCGUACCAGGACUACUUCUACACCGUCCACCGGUACUGCCUCACCGCCGUCAGCCGCCACAAGAGCCGGCUCAGGGUGUCCUCGGACAUCUGCUACCGGAAGCAGCCGUGGAGCCUGGUGAAGGCCCUGAUAGAGAAGAACACCUGGAGCGGCAUCGAGGAGUACUACAGGCACAUGGAAAUGGAGGUGUGCAAGCUGGAGACCCUGCUGCAGUCAGAGGUGUCGGUGGUGGGGGCGGGAGAGGGGGGCACAGCCGACGCAGCCAAGACCCCGCCCGGCCUGCGCAGACGCAAACGCAACUGCUCCCGGCGGGGGGGAGAGAGAGAGAGGGAGGGAGGGGUCGGCGCGGGCGAGCGGGGCGGAGGAGGCCCCGGGGAGGACAGAGAGAGGAGGGAGGCGGGCGCUCAGUACCUGAAGCUGGGAGAUCGAUCCCGGGGGGGCGGCGGCAUCUCCACCAUCCUGCUCAUCGUCAGCUUCAUGAUCUGUGUCAGUCUGGUGGUGCUGGUGGCAUUGAAUAUGCUGCUCUUCUACAAGCUGUGGGCUCUGGAGCGGGCAGCACACACCCUGGAGACGUGGCACUCCUACUCCCUCUCAGACAGCCCCCUGCCCCAGACGGCUGGCGAGUGGGCCCAGGUCCUGCAGCUGCAGAGGCAGUUCCACCAGGCCCAGCUCAACAAGUGGCAGCAGAUACUGCAGUCCUCCGUCGCCCUGCUGGACCAGAUGAAGCAGUCCCUAGAGAAGCUCCACAGAGGGAUCAUCAUCACUCCAGAGGUACAGCGGGAGCCCCCCUCUGAGGACCCCGCAGAAACCCCCACUCAGCACUGACCCCCCACCCCACCCUGUCCACCUCAGCCCCCCCUUCAUCCCUCAGCCACCCCCCCCGCCCCCCCCCAGGGCCCCCGUCAAGUGGACGUGGGUAAUAAUGGAACUUAUAAUGGAAGGGAGGAGCGCACAGGAACGCUGGGACAGUGUGAUUCACCCCCCGGAGUCCAGCUCAGACUGUAACCUGUGCCUACCACUCCCACCCCCCCAUCCCUGCUGCAGAUGACCGAACCAGUGCCCGCCCCCCCCCCCCCCGAACCAGAAAUACCCGGGCGCCACUGCCACCACCGCCUGGUGUCCAAACCGUUUCUGGGCCACAGUCAGCGUUCCAGUCCUUACAGCAUGGGGAUUGGGCAGAGGCGCUGCUUUAUGCCCCUCCCACUGAUGGGGAUUGGGCAGAGGCGCUGCUUAAUGCUCCUCCCGCUGAUGGGGAUUGGGCAGAGGCGCUGGCCUACGCCCCUCCCGCUGAUGGGGAUUGGGCAGAGGCGCUGGCCUACGCCCCUCCCGCUGAUGGGGAUUGGGCAGAGGCGCUGGCCUACGCCCCUCCCGCUGAUGGGGAUUGGGCAGAGGCACUGGUCUACGCCCCUCCCACUGAUGGGGAUUGGGCAGAGGCGCUGGCCUACGCCCCUCCCACUGAUGGGGAUUGGGCAGAGGCGCUGGCCUACGCCCCUCCCGCUGAUGGGGAUUGGGCAGAUACGCUGGCCUACGCCCCUCCCGCUGAUGGGGAUUGGGCAGAGGCGCUGGCCUACGCCCCUCCCGCUGAUGGGGAUUGGGCAGAGGCGCUGGCCUACGCCCCUCCCGCUGAUGGGGAUUGGGCAGAGGCGCUGGCCUACGCCCCUCCCGCUGAUGGGGAUUGGGCAGAGGCGCUGCUCUACGUCCCCCCCCUGCUGGUGACCCGAGAGUAUUUGAGGAAGGACAGCUGCUGCUCCCAUUCCGAAACAUUUCAGAACCGCUGAAAACGGUCAGAUCCAAACUGCCACCGCCGGUCCUGAGCCGAGGACACGCCCUGCCGAAGUUCAGCAGCGCGGCGAACGAGGGAGCUGACGUAGAGGGGCAUUCUGGGAGGCUGGACACAAACCCGCCAGUCAUGUCUCUCCUCACUUCCCCUCGUCUCCUGCAGACUCCGCCCGCCUGACCCGGAAGGAAGUUCGUCCGCUCGGCCCCUCCCCCGACGGGGAAAAAAAGAAUCAUUUCAUUUCAAGACUUUUCUGCAAGGAAAAGCCAACACACUCCUUCAGUUUUUUUUUUUUUUGCUUUCUCUUUCAGUUGUCCGGCUCCAGUGUGAGUGACGGGUCGACGUUUGGCGAGGGCGAAUGUGUGUGUGUGUGUGUGCACGUUCAGCCGUGACAGUAUUUAUUAUCAGACUGGGGGGGUUUCUCCUCGGUCUCGCUCUUAGUCCAGAGUCCUCUCUUAUGUUCUGUGUUCUUUUUUCACGCAUGGACCAAGGAAGGGGAGCAGAACGGUAGACAUGUUACAAUGAUUCUAGCAAUAAUGAUAAUAGAAUUUUUGUGUAAUUAAAAAAAACAGUUUGUGUGUAGAAAGAAGAGGAAGUUGAGAGUGUACCUGCUGUGGUGCGAGAUGUGAGUGUACUGGAAUGAGCCCCCCCCCACUGCCCCCCCACCUCCCCCCCCACCAUUUUGUUAUGAUCGUUGGUCUUGUUUGCGUUGUUUGUCUGCCUGAGCCUUUGGUCCGCACCAGCCCAAAAAGCUCCACGUGCGUUUGGUUCCGAGGGGCACAAGACCUCGUUUCCGGACCCUUUCUGUGCCACCCUGCACCAUCGUGAUCCAGACUGAACCGCUGCGGUCCACAUUGAACCGGUGCGGUCCAGAUUGAACCAGUGUGAUCCAGAUUGAACCGGUGUGAUCCAGAUUGAACCGCUGCGAUCCAGAUUGAACCGCUGCGGUCCAGAUUGAACCGGUGCGAUCAUUAACGAUUGUAUUAAUAGACUCGACUUGAACAUGAUCGGGGUUCCUGUGGACUCGACCAGACAGAAUCACAGAUUCAGUUCGUCUCUCAGUUCACUGGGCUGGACUUUAAGGACCAACCGAAACUUUUUUUUUUUUAAGGCCCGGAUGAAGAAAAGGGAAAUUGGCAGUAUUGUGUUCAGUUUGUUUGGUCUGUAUUCACAUUUUCAUAACUUUUUUUUAUUGUAUUUUUAGCCUCAUAACAUUCUCUGUUAACUUUUAUUUACUGUCUUUUGUCUUUAUCAUUCACUUACUCAUUCACUCAUACACACACACACACACACACACAUACAUACACUAAUGCACAUACGCACGCACGCGCACACACACACACCACUCCUGCUCUCAUUCUCUCUCUCUCUGGUCAUCCUUCUCUUUUCUGUCACUCUUUCAUCGGCCCCUCCCCCUCUCCUGUGCCCUGAGGAUCAUGCGUGUGAGUGUGUGUGUGGGGGGCCUUGCUGGGCGUGGCCCCGCACGCAAGUGAUCAAAGCCAUAUUUAUUUUGGGGAGGGAGGGAGGAACGGGGCAAACGUACUGUACUGUAAAGGUCUGGUUGUUCAAGAUGCUGUGUGAAGAAUUAAGUCUAAAAUAUGCAACAGAACGAC